UUACCAGUUUGCGAUUAGUAUCACUUACGAUGUCGAUUGAAGCGCUACCCAACGAACUGCUGGCGGAGAUAUUUAGCUACUUUCCUUGGAAAGAGAUAAGCACUAUUUUAUCUUUGGUUAAUCGACGAUGGUGUCGGGUAGUUGGAAACACCCCUCGGUUGAUGAACAAAGUUACUCUCCACUUAUGGCCGAUUUCUUCACCUCGGCUUAACUCGUAAGCCAGGUUUACCCAUAUAGUUAAACCUGACUUAACGCCUAAGCCCGGGUGAAGAAAUCGGCCCUUAGCGGUUUGUGUACUCCAACCACUGAUAGGGCGAUUCGAAGACUGCUGUAUUCCUUUGGAUGUGAUACGCGGAAGUUUUCGAGAAUAUAGGAAUUUCAGCAUUGAGAUACGCACCACGAACGGUCGAGAAAUGGGACCAAUAAUGGAAUAUUGCUUUCAUCGAUGGAAAAUUGUAAGCUUGCGGAUCGUAGCUGACCAUAUGAAUUGGUUUGUUUUACUACAACAUCAUUCUGAGCUUCUUACCAAAGCAGAGAAAGCGAUAAUCAUAAUCAAACCUGCUUCGAACCAAGCUUACUUCGAUGAACAAGCUCCACCAGAUAAUCAGAUUGUGUUAUCUAUGAAUGAGGUGCGCCACCUUAAUUAUGAGUAUUCGUUACAAGAUAACAACCGUGUAUUGUAUGUGGUAACUCUCGAAACUCCAAACUUAGAAGUUCUGAAAAUCAAUCGGUGCCUUGUUAGUAGCAAUGUCCAUUUCAAGCUUCACCAUUGCUCCCAACUUCGAUCCAUCUGUAUUCAGUACGAAUCACGAUUGUGCCAUGAUCCCGUGGAGUUGGAAAAUACUUCACCACAUCUACAGCCUAACCUCACUCACUUAAAACUGUGCAAUGCAACCAUGGCAACCACAUUCGGCACCUCGUUUGGAAACCUUCAUCACAUCUGCUUGACAAACGUUACAAUCACCCCUACUGACCAUCCGCUGGAAUGCCCGAAUCUUCGUAAGCUGAUGCUGUUCUGGCUAACUUUCAAAAAGCCUCUUAAAAUUAGAACACCACAACUUCAAGCGUUGACUUGUAACGCGAGUGUUCUGAAUCAACUGCAGCUGAACGAAGCCCCUCAGGCGAAUCGUCUAUCGAUUGACAUGCGCAGGGCACCUUAUGACCCUUCGGAAAUGGCAUAUCCGGCGAGUUUUUCGUUUUUUCGAAAACUUAAGUUGACAGUGAGCCAUUGCUUUCGCUAUGACAACAGGUGGUUCAGCGUUUACUGUUCUUAUUUCAACGCAAUCACAGAGCUUAUAGUGGAUGGCAAAUUUCCGAAGAAUCACUACAUGCACCUGAAGGAUAUAGUUUCCUCUUUAACCCAGGUGUCAUCGCUAACCUUACGAUGGAUGAGUGUUCCGAGCGAUUUCAGUUAUUUGCCGGUGAAUGUCAAGACUGUUAACAUUGAGGAUUGUACAACGGAAGCCGACAGUAUCCAGUUCGGGCCAAGCGUUCGGUGCGUCAGGGUUAGCAACCUGUGGAUGUGGAACAUGCCCGACGAUAUUGGUGUCGAGAUGCAGUUGCUUCCGGAAGGUCGAUUUUCACCUCUGAGUUCGAAGAGAGUGCUCGUCCGGAAAGGCAAAGUUAUGACACCACGGACAAUCUAUUCCACGGUGGAAGGUGUGUAACGGUAAAGUGUGUCGAGUAUACCAAAGUGGCGAAUCCUGGUCGUAUUGACAGGUCUCCUGCUCGAUUGGAACUAUGUUCAAAUUUUGACGUUUCUCCUCUUUGUUUUAUCCAGGCUCGUUAGUAACGGUAGCAAUGUAAUAGUUAAGGUUGUAGAUUUUUGGAGCAUCGCAGUAGGCGUGCUGUAGCAGUCGAGAAAAAAAAUGUCAUUCCGUUCUUGCUCGUGAGAAGUAAACAAUAAAGCAAAUUUACUGUUGCAA